AUGAUUUCUUGCCCUUUUUGUGAUGAAAUUAUGGCCAAUGAAGUUUAUUGGAUCCACAUAAAGUUUUGUGAAUAAUAAAUAGGGUAAUAUAAUUUGAUUCAGCAACCAUGCCAUUAAUGCGGUUAAAUGAUUGUUAAGCUUUACUUUAAUGAUCAUUUAGAAAUUUGUGAAGGUAAUUUUUGGACUUAAGUAAAAUGUCCUCAUUGUUCUGAAGCAUGCUUUAAAUCUGAACUAAAAGAUCAUUUAAACAAAUGUCCUACUUUAUUAGAAUAAUAAAAUAGAGAAAAACAUGGAAUUACUUAAUGCACAAUUUGUUUUGAAGAUGUUUUUGAAAACAAAAAAUAAUUAAUUUGUUCUCAUUCAUUUCAUUAAGAGUGCAUAGAUAAUUGGUUUAAAUAACAAAAAAAAUGUCCAAUAUGUAAAACACUAUAGAUUAUAUGA